AUGCUCUUAGGUUUAUUAACUUCUCUUUUAAUUUACCUUCAGUGCAUAAUUGUAGGAGUUUUGAUGGGACAACUACAAUCUUUAGAAUAUAAUUUGAGAGAGAUGGAUCUUGAAUAUUAUGGCAAAAAGUUGACAAUGGAUAAAAGAGCAGCUGACACUUUUCUUAUCCGGAGACUCUCUGAAAUAAUCAGUCAACAUCAGAAUUGUAAUGAGCUCUACGAAACCUCGAAAAAAAUAGUUUCUCAUGUGCUUCUGAUAGUACUCUCUUGCUGUUCAUUCUCCUUCGUUUUAUGUGCUACUUGGGUUUAG